AUGCUGACUGACCGUGCGGUGAGGUCUUUCGGGGCUCCGAGAUCACCACACGGUGUGUCACCGAAGUACCGCUCUGGGACCCCAAGGGUGCCGCAGAGUAAUGGGGUCCAGGGCGCCGGUCGUGAUUUUUCACGGUGCUGCAGUUUUUUUUGCGUCAUCGAAUAUCUCGGGGCUCCUGCAGGGGCGGCGGGCGUGCCGAGCACGCCGGCGUCCUGGAGCGCGAGGGAGCGGAAGAGCGUCUCCUUCGGUGCGGCCCCGGAGCGCCUCAGCCCCCGCGGUGGCCCCGCCGACCUUGCAGGCCAGCUCGUGCAGGUGUUGCCAAGCGAACAGGAGUCCGACGGUGACGUGAGCGUGGGCUCUGCGGCGGGGGCCAGAACCUGGCUGGAGACCCUGGCAGUCCUGCCAGGCGCCGGCAUUCCAGACACAAUCAUGGCGCCCGUCAUGUCUGGCGAGGCCGAUGGGCCCACCUGUGCGCAGGAGGAGGACGCUGAAUGGGCCGAAAUCGAGGCGUACGCUGACGAGCAGGCCAGGAGGUUCAUGCCUCUGACGGACAGGCGGCGCGCGCGCCGGACGGCCACUGUCAGCAUCGGCCGCGCGAAGCAGGCGGACGGCAUCGACUUCCAGAUGGAGACCUCCGCCCUGUGGCAGCGCAGGGAAGUGACUAGGGGUGGCCUGAGGGCCCCCUGCAGCGUGAUUUGCACGGUCUGGGGUGCUGCCAGGUGA